AUUGAGGUAUCCACCCUUUCAGUUUUUCUUCAUCAUACUUAUACGUAGUCACACAAACAUUUUCUUAAUUUUUAAAGUCGUUUUGACAAUAAAAAAAACCGUUUAAUAUGAGGUUUUAUCUUCAUGUGACUUUGCCAAUAUAAAUUGCUCUUUCUCUCAUUAAAACAAAUAUACAUGUAUUUUUGAAAUUGUGAUUACGAGCAGGCAAAAGGUUGGGGAGCAUUGAAAUAUAAUCAUCGAUUGAUGAAGGUGUUUGAGUUAACGUUAUCACUAAAAUUACUGAAUUGCUCAAUAAUGUGUUUGAAGAAUCCUGUUUCAGAUUCAAAAGGAACAUUUGUAAAUUCAUACGCAGAUAAAAUGAAGUAAAUGGGUUAGGUUUUUUAAAGUGUUGGAUUUGGUGUUCAGAGAAACCAUGUUCUGAAAAUUAUAAAAUAAGAGAGAAUAAAAAAACCUCAUUAUGGCCAGAACUGGAUUAUUUUGACCACAUCCAGUAAAUCAAUUGAAUGGGUUUCUGUUACGCCCAGCAAGAAAUUAAGAUGCAGAGAUCAAUGAGGCGAGAGACUGAACGAUGAUCUGUAUCAAAUCUGUGCUUCACUUUGGACAUAUAUCUGAGAGCGCCAAACGCCUGCAAGUGCGCGAAUCGAAAUGGUUUACACCAAGGAGGGAGAAAUAUAUGUGUGUCUUACUCUUCUUACUUUAAUUCCAUUGUCAUCAGCUUGGAAUUCGUCUGACGUUCAGGCGAUCAGGAAGAAUGGAGUACUGAGUAGCAAUUAUGACCGACUGGUUCGUCCCUCAAAGAUAACCAACGUUAGUGUGGCCCUGAACCUCCUCACCAUUAACUAUAUGGACAUAAAGAACCAAGUACUGUCUACCACGGGAUGGCUGGAGGCGAGUUGGGAGGAUUAUCGGCUAGCAUGGGAUGUUACUAAAUAUCCGGACAUCACUGAUGUAUUUGCAGACGAGAGUGAAGUCUGGCGUCCAGUGUUUUUCAUAGAUAAUUCCGUUUCCGACCUGAAUAUUAUUUCGGACUCUCAACUGCUGUACCGGAUCACUCACACGGGGGAAGUGGAAUGGGAACAGCCCCAGAUGUUCACCACGCACUGCCGGAUCGACAUCACAUACUACCCAUUUGAUACUCAGCUCUGUCAAAUUAAACUCACCAGUUGGGGCUACUCGACGGACGAAAUCGAACUACACCCUACCUUCUCGGGGAUCAUUACCGAGGACUUAGAGCCUAAUGGCGAGUGGCUUUUGCUUCAGACAAGUGCCAAGAAAAAUGAGCUGAUUGAACUCGGUGCCAAUGGCGUCAUAACGAAACACUGGGAGAUUGUGUUCACGAUUGUGACACAGAGAAGGACGUCAUAUUACGUCACGGGCAUCUUGCUGCCCGUGUUUCUCUUGUCCUACCUCAACACACUUGUGUUUAUUCUGCCUGUUGAAUCGGGGGAAAAAAUUGGGUUCAUCCUGACCGUCCUUCUGUCCCUGGCUGUACUGCUGACCAUCAUCACCGACAAAAUCCCCUCAACCUCCAUAGAAGUCUCCAUCUUGUCCGUGUACCUAGCCAUAACUUUGUGCUUCAGCGUUGUUUCCUGUAUUUUGUCCGUCUUUGUGAUGUCCGUCAGUUUCCAGGAGACUUCUAAGCCACUUCCGCGGUGGGCGGAAAAGCUCGCUAAAAGCAACAUCUUUCCAUCGGCUUGGUUGACCAAAUGUAGCAACUGUACAAUGGCAAGCAGAAAUAAAACCUCUUGUAACGUCCAGGCUUUCAAUGAAAACAAUGACCUAGACUUCAAGGAAAGAAGCCAGACUGAAAAGGUUGAUGGUGAUUCUCAGGAACCCGAAAGUUCCAGCUUGUCUUGGAGUGAAGUGUCUAGGAAGCUAGACAGACUGUUCUUUUACAUGACUUUUGUUUUAAUCACCUUGGAAACCAUAGUUUUUCUCGUGAUUCUGAUGAUUGGUGGAUCAGUUAACUCACAGAAACUUGUCAACUCUCUAUGAUUAAUGAUUAACUUUAGUGUAUACACUACACAUAAAACUAGAUAUAUUAUAGCUCGAAGACAGUGUUUUGUAAAUUAAAUUAGAAUUUUUCAACUGAACAUACUAAAACGAUAAUAUAUGUGGUACGAAACUAUUGAUUUCUCUUAGACUGUCAAAACUUUAGAACAUUAACUUGUUUUAAAAUGACUUUUUUGAACGACUCUGUUAUAAACCCUGUCCAAAUGAAAAAAAAGAUGGAGACAAGUGAAAACAAAAGUUAACUAUACUUAUUUUCAUUAAAAAUGAAACCCCGUCGCCGUAUUUUGUUGUCCAUCUCUUUGGCAGUACGUAGAAAGUCGGCUUAUUUAUUUUAUUGAAAUCGUAUGGUUUCACAAUACAUUUAUAUAAAAUGGAAGAUUGAAUGAGACUUAACAGCUACACAAACGGCGUACAAAUGAAUA